CGGCCGCGGCGUGGGCUGGUCCUCAGUCCUCUUCCGUUCUUCCUCCUCGCUCCCGCCCCCUCGCGCCCCUCGCCUUUCAGUUUUGGAUGCCACGGAGGCCUGCCAGUGGUGGGCCACCGCCGUACGCGCGCGACGAUGCCGGUGAAGCGUUCGGCGUCCGCGCUGGCGCUCCCGCCGGUCGGCCGCCGCGCGCGGGCCCGCCUCUGCAUCCGCCUCGCCGCGCCGCUCUCCUUCCUGCUCCUCUUCGUGGCGCUGUUCCACGCCCAGCCGCUCCUGGGCGUUCCGCCCGCUGCGCAGCCGCCCUCCGCGGGGCCCGGUAAGGUCGCCUUCCUUUUCCUCGUCCGCGCGGGGGUGCCGCUCGACUUCCUCUGGGACGCCUUCUUCCGCAACGGCGAGGAGGGGAAGUUCUCGGUGUACGUGCACUCCGCGCCGGGGUUCCAGCUCGACCGCACCACCACGGGAUCCCCAUACUUCUAUGGGCGGCAACUUGCGAGGAGCGUCAAGGUGGUGUGGGGCGAGGCCACCAUGGUGGAGGCAGAGAGGAUGUUGUUUGCCGCCGCGCUUCAGGAUCCCGCGAACCAGCGCUUUGUUUUGCUCUCUGAUAGCUGUGUCCCACUCUACAAUUUCAGCUCCAUAUAUACUUACCUGAUGGCUUCACCUAAAAGUUUUGUAGACAGCUUUGUUGAUAAGACGGAGAAGCGUUAUAAUCAAAACAUGUCUCCUGCCAUUCCAAAGGAUAAAUGGAGGAAAGGAUCUCAGUGGGUAGUAUUAAUCAGAAAACAUGCUGAAGUUGUUGUUGGUGACAAAAACGUAUUAAAAGUAUUCAGAAGACAUUGCAAGAUGGUAGUAACCAAGAGCUUGUUUAGACGAAGGCCAAAUGCUAGACAACUGGGGUUCACCUUUCGGAGAAAGCAGAUACUGAAAGGAGUAGCUCAACAGGAGCAUGAUUGUAUUCCGGAUGAACAUUAUGUGCAGACAUUAUUUUCUAUCAAAGGACUUGAAGAUGAACUGGAGAGAAGAACUUUGACCUAUACCUCGUGGAACCAAUCAUCAAAUCCGAAAGACAAAAUGACUUGGCAUCCUAUGAAAUUUGAGUAUGAUACAUCUAGCCCUGAGCAUAUCAAUGCUAUCAAGAGAAUUGAUCAUGUCAACUAUCAAAUGGAGCACAGGACAGAGUGGUGCCAAUGCAAUGGUACCUCGGCCCCAUGUUUUUUAUUUGCCAGGAAGUUCUCCUAUAGUGCGGCCAUGCAUCUUUUGGAACAAGGAGCCAUUGGCACACCGAAAUCUGCUCAGCUGAUGAUUAACUUUUAACAAAAUUGUUUACACAAGUCUGCGCUCACUUUUUUGAUGGGUCAUUAUACCGUUCACAAUUUCACCAGCCUCAAUGGGAGCUGUACAUUAGCAGCGGUAGCUACAGAGACAUGGAGUAUCAGAGUAUUGACAGCGACCAGAAUGCGCUUAGACAGCUAAGGACUUGAAGAGAGUUGAUGCACAAACUACAGAGCCUCGGUUUUGAAGUUUGUCAGCUCUAUCAGUAUGCGAUUUCCAGGGGACAGAUGGUAGUGAAGGACAGAGUACACACAACCCUUACCCUAACAGGACAGGAAAGUUAUAACAAUAGCUUGAUUUUCCUUAUAAAUAUUCUUCCCCUUGUAUGAUUAAAGAAUAGAUAGUUUUUUUUACUUGCAUACAGGUUAUCAGACAUAGCGAAUAGGGAAACAUGCAAGAAGAUACAUGUGUCCAUAGGACCUACUGUUUAGAACAUUGGUCACAUUGGCAAGAAGAUAAGCUGCCUUUUCAUGAUCUGCA